UAUGUAGAGGAGUUGGAGUGCGUACCAAAAGUCUCUGACGUUGACUUUAAAGACAGAACCGUACGAACUUCCACCGCGGCAACAUCAACUGUUUAAGCGGAUCUACUGCUCAUUUGGAUUAACUGCAGGAAUAUAUUUUUUUUGAGUUUAAGUACUAACUCAACGAAGCGAAUAUGGUUUACGAAAGCGAUUUCUAUACGACCCGACGACCCUACACGCGGCCCAUUUCUUCUCACUACACCAUCACGAAUCCUGGGGGCAUCAUUCGACCAAUUACACCAAUCCAGCAAACGCAGGCACUCAACCAUCUGCCCCACACAAUCCCCUACAUUGGUCACAAGAGGCUGGUCCAUGUGAUCCAUACACCUUAUCCAGUUAUUCACUACACUCGUCAAGUGCCAGUGCCGAUUAGAAUUUACUCACGAGUCAGACCCAGUGUCAUUGCUGCUGAACUACAGAGGAUACGGGAUUUGCCGAGACCCUCCAGUGUUUCUUACGUGUCGAGGUACCUCAACUCCAGGGACAACAUCCUGUUCGACGACGAAGCGAGAGAAAUUCGUGCCAGAGCGGAUUCCCUUCUCCGGAAAAUCCAUGUUUUUGUACCGAGACCAUUAUCUAGUGAUUUUGCCGAAGUCAUCGUCCCAGAGCGUAUGCGCAGCGACGACUACAUAAGACGUCUCCUCCAAGGACGCAACAGUGCCAAAAAAGAAGAUGAAUCACCGAAUUGGUAUGACUCAUCAGCUCAUCGGGAAUUCGGUGCCGGUCAUCUUGCCGGUGUCAGUUAUACUGGAGGAAAACCACACUCGAGAAGAAGACCCUACUAUAAAGUAGCAGAUUUGCGCGCAGCGGAUGUGCAGAGUGACGUUAAUCUGCUGAGUUAUUACGCUAAGAAUCGACAGGCGGCUGCCAGUGCCUAUCCCGACCCUCCGCUCACCGAAAGGGAGCUCAGAAAGGCUCGAGCAUUGGCAGAAGACUUCAUUGCUUCAGCAGCACCAAGAAGAGCAUCACCAGAUCCAGAGCCCGUGUACAAACCAGAUUUGGCGACAGUGUACGAACCACAAGAAAUCCAAGCUCCAGAACCAAAACCAGUUCUGGAGGAGCCAUCUGAACCAGUCGUUGAGAAAGAACCUGAAGAAAUCAAAGAAGAUAAACCUGAAGUUCUGAAAGAGAAGAAAGUGCGGACUACUAGACGAAAGCCUGCUAAGACGGAAAAAAAUAUCGAGCCAGAGCCAAAGCCAGAGCCAGAACCAGAGCCACAGCCACAACCUGUGGAGGAAAUACCAAUAAUUCCAGAACCAGCACCAAUUCAAGAGGAGAUUACUGUUGCAGAAGCAGAACCAGAAUCAGUGCUAGAAGAGCCUGUAGUAAUAGAAUCAGAACCGGAACCAGUUCCAGAGGCAUCACAACCAGAACCAGUUCCAGAAGCAUCAGAACCAGAAGCAGAACCAGAGGCAUCAGAACCAGAGCAACCAGUUGUAGCAGAGCCUGAACCAGAGCAACCAGUUGUCGCAGAGUCUGAACCAGAGCAACAAUCUUUAGUGGAAACAGAACCCGAACCGCAAGUUCCACAAGAACCAGAACCAGAACCAGAACCAGAACCAGAACCCCAAGCAGAAGCAGAAGAGAUCCUUUCAGAGCCCCAAGUCCAAACGCCAGAAGUAUUUCCUGAAGAGCCAGUAGAACCAGAAGUUGUAGAGCAGCAACUAGAAGAACCUGUGAUCAUAGAAUCUGAAUCUCCUGACAUCCAGGAAAAAUUAGAAAUCUCAGAAUCACAGCCAGAAGUACCUGAAUCCGCUCAAAUGCCAGAGACACAAGAAGACGUUACUGUAGAAUUAGAAGGGGAGACAGCAGUCGAAAGUGAACAGCUACCAGAUUUGGAGGGUGAAGGAGCACCAACUGAAGAUGUUGAAGCUGUUGAAGUUGAUGACUUCUGGGGAAGUGGUGAAGAUCAACAGGAGACUGACGAUGAGGUGCUUCAACGCAAACUCGAUGAAGAAGAAUUGAGAAGGCAAGUGGAGGAGCUUAAAAGGCAAGCUGAGGAAGAAAAAAGGAGGCAAGCCGAACAGGCCAGAUUGGCUGAGGAAAGAUGGAAAGCGGAAAUUGAAGAGCGCGAGAGGUUGGAGCGAGAGGCGCGUGCCGCGCGUCUCCGGGAAAUUGAGGAACAGGAAAAGGCAGAGGCGGAGAGAAUAGCCAAAGAAGAGAGACUCGAGGCUGAGAGAACUCGUGACGCGAGGAUUGCUGAAGAGCAGAGACGUGCCGCUGAACUCGAAGCUAUCAUCGCGAAAGAAGAGGAGGAGCGGUAUGCGAUUGAAAGGGCAUCUGAAGAGGCUCGUAAAAGACAAGAUAUCGAGGAGAAACUCGCAGAGAUCGCACUCUCUGCACCUGAUGAUUCCGGCCUACCUCGUUCCAUCUCCGAGGAAUGCCGUUGCCAUGACAAUACCAAGUCACAGGAUCAUGAGGAGAGACCUGACAGCCCGGACGCUGAUGAUGACACGCAUGUCGAAGAAGAAGCUAACUGUAUAUCAACAGAUCACGAUGACUUGAGCGAUUGUCAUCCGUAUGAUGGAGAACACGAGGGUUUCAAUAGUGUUCCAGUGUUGGAGGUGCCCAUUGAUAACAGCCCCAAAAUUGAAGAAGUCACUGAUGAUGAGGAUGCGUAAAAACUCAUAGCAAGAGUAUUUUGUUAAUUGUUAAAUCUCUCUCUCUCUCUCGGCCUUUUAUUCUCAAUUUGAUUUCGGUAGUUGAGGAGAAAAUGAAGAAAGUUAUGUAUAUACCGUAUGAAUAAUAAUAGUGCCCAUGGUACACCCGGAGAAAUUGUUUAUUUAAAUCGAAUAAGAGCACAUUGGUUGAUAAUCGAAUAACACCUACUAAAUGUUAUAAUCAAAUUUGAACUUUAUUUUUAUUUAUUGAAUCAGGUCAAAUUAUGGUUUUUAAAUUCUGGACAUGAUUUGCUGAAUUCAAAAAAAUAUUGAAUAAGUUAAUAAAAUGAAAUGUCACACUUUGUGAGUCAAUCGAUCUGAUGAUUUCAACAGAGAAUUUUUUUUUUAAAUGAUUCAUUUAGUUCGUAAGGGUGUCCACAAACUAGUGAAUAUACUGCAUGCAAAUAAUUUUUGGAGCAACGGAUUUUCAUUUUUUUAAUCGCACAGUUGAAUGACAGAAUAAUUAUUCGAUUGUGAGUGGAUCAAGUGUUUUUCUAGUUUUUUUAUUCCUUGAACAACGACAAAGUCGAGGCUAUCGAUUUUCGUCAGUUUGUCAUCAAAUUAUGAAUCAUUUGUAGCACAUUAUAUCUAAUAAUAUGAGAGGGAUAUUAUUAUUUGGAUGUUUAACUGGUUGAUGACAACAUUUAUAUUGUCUUGUUGCUUUGUAUUGUAUUAUGUUCCAACAUAAUAUUGCAAUUUAUUUAUAAAUAACUAUUAAUAUAGAAAUCUGUUUAUUAAUUGAAAGUUAAUAAAUGCAUAAAGGUGA